AUGAGGUCAAAAGAUUUAGUCGUAAAAACUAAACCAUCUAAGAAAAAAUCGAAUCCAAUUAUUAUCACGGUAAAUGUUGAGCAUCCUCCCGCUUUGGAUGCGGAAUCCUUCGUUUUAAAAAAAAAAGGUCGCUGUUUGAAGUUUCCCAAUGCAUUCGUCUUUUAUCGGACUGCAUAUAAUCAAACAUUGCGUAGUAAAGGAAUAAAGUUAUCUCAAAGCGAUGUGUCUGCGUCGGCCUCCGCAGUAUGGAAUAGUCUUUCGGCAGAAAUUAAAACUUUCUAUUUUAACUUCGCAUCUGACGUGCGUGAACGAUAUCUCUUGAGAUAUCCGGUCUCAUAUUAUCGAUGCGAAUAUAAGUCUGAAUCUAAGUCUAUUGUUACAUCAAAAGAUGAACCAAAAAAGUUGAAAAAAUACAAUUUUGUGUAUGAAAAUUACAAUCCAAAAGUCGUAAAGAAAACUUCUUUUCAAGAAACUCAACCAACAAAAGAAAGUAAAGAGGCUUGA